AUGGCUCCGAAGAAGGGCCCGAAGCCGCUGGCGAAGAAGAAGCCCGAGAAAGUCGUGAACCCGCUGUUCGAGAAGAGGCCCAAGCAGUUUGGCAUCGGCGGAGCUCUGCCGCCGAAGAAGGACCUGCACCGGUUUGUGAAAUGGCCCCAGGUGGUGAGGAUCCAGAGAAAGAAGAUGAUACUUAAGCAGAGGCUCAAGGUCCCGCCGUCGAUCCAUCAGUUCUCCAAGACUCUCGACAAGAACUUGGCAACAAGCCUCUUCAAGAUGCUUCUCAAGUACAGGCCAGAGGAUAAAGCUCAAAAGAAAGAGCGUCUUUUGAAAAGAGCUCAGGCCGAGGCUGAAGGAAAAGCCCCUGAGUUGAAAAAGCCCAUUGUGGUCAAAUAUGGUCUCAACCAUGUGACCUACCUCAUCGAGCAGAACAAAGCUCAAUUGGUGGUUAUUGCUCAUGAUGUGGACCCCAUCGAGUUGGUUGUGUGGCUCCCGGCUCUCUGCAGGAAAAUGGAGAUUCCGUACUGCAUUGUGAAGGGGAAGGCAAGACUUGGAACUAUUGUUCAUAAGAAGACUGCCUCUGUUUUGUGUUUGACCUCCGUGAAGAAUGAAGACAAACUGGAGUUCAGCAAGAUCCUGGAAGCUAUCAAGGCCAACUUCAACGAUAAGUAUGACGAGAUCCGCAAGAAGUGGGGAGGUGGUGUUAUGGGAUCAAAAUCCCAGGCUAAGACUAAGGCGAAAGAGAGGCUUCUAGCCAAGGAAGCUGCUCAGCGGUUGACUUGA